AUGGAUAAUAAUUCAACCACGACGCCCAACUCGCCCCCCCAGCGCUCCACCUCGCCCGAUCCCUGGGCCACGCCAUCGCUGGCCAUCGGUGCCAUUCCGCCGCUCGACCGCUCCGUCUCAACCGCCUCGUCCGUCUCGUCAGUAUCUGGCCGCUCAGUCGGCUCCCGCCUCUCGUCUGAUGGCAGCCGCCGCCGUGGAUACAUGCGCCCCGAGGGCACCGAGUUCUCCGAGUCUGCAAAGAGCAGAGAGAGCGUCAUGAACCUGGGCACCAUCGCGCAUCUGCAGUACUACUUUGCCAGGACGGGCCUGCUCGACACGGCCACGGGGCGGAUAGCAAAGGCACGCAAGCCGGGAGCGCGGCCCGUGAGCGGCGUGGAGCCCCUCUCGCCAGCUCUGGACGGCGACUUCUCCGUCAUGUCGCCUACCUCGACAGACGGAACCAACGAGCAGCAUCUGGGAGAGGGCUUCGUUGAGUCACCAGUCGACGAGACGGCUUCGAUAACGUGGGAGGACCCCGAGCCCAUGAUGCUCCCGCCCACGUUCAGCACGUACAAGAACAACCCCAUCUACGUGCCGCCGCCGCCGGAUAUGACGGUGCUGCGUCGCGAGCUGCGCGAAACGCUGGCCGAGUCGAUGAAGCACCUGCAUCAGCUCGAAAAGGGCUUCUCUGACAUCCAGCCGGACGGCAAGACUGCGAAGAACGGCGGCCCGGAUGCGUCGGGGUGGCACGAAAUCCAAGGGCUCAACCUGCUGGAUGUCACAACGCUGGCCAUCAGGGCAGCCAAGAACUACUACACGGCACACGAAGAGCCACAGCGGCUCUACGCCAUCAAGUCGGAGCGGGAGAUUCGUAAGGAGCUGUACGACACGCUCGAAGUGCUCAAGCGGCUGGCGAUUCGCAACUUUGGAAACGGGGUGCAGCCAUACGAGGUGACGCAGCUCAAGCAGUGGGUCGACGACAUUAGCGCGCUCCUGGACACGGAAGAAGAGAAGGAGCGUGAAGAGCACGCGCAGCGCGAACAGUGGUCGUGGCGCGAGGGCGACUGGACGGGCAAGGAGCGAGAGCGCGAAGUGCUCUUCCUGCGGUCGUUUGACGAGACCAGCCCCGAGCCGCUUCCUGAAUGGACAGGGCCCACGGGCGACGAGCUCCCGACGCCGUUCCUCGCCACACUCCAAGACGGGCUGCGACUUGUGCGGCUGCACAACACGCUGGUGCGCAGGUCGAAGCGGCAUUUCGAGCAGAUCAAGAUCUACCACACGGACACGACCAAGCCGUACCGCUGCGCCGACAACCUGCGGUACUGGGUCAAGGCGGCGGAGCUGCGGUGGGACAUUAAGCUGGAUGUCGAUGUCAUGGGCGUGGUGCAGGCCAAGGACGCAGAAGCAUGGCGCAAGUUUGACGCGGCGAUUCUGCAGUGGAGCCAGGGCGUGCGCGAGGAGAUCACGCUGGAGUGGCAGAGGCAGAAGAACCAGACGAGGACACCUACACUACAGAUUGACCCCAACUUCGAGGCGCUGUGA